ACAGCUUUCCAAAAUGGCGCCGUCACGUGGUCUGUCAACGCGGUCAGCUGGUCAUGACGUCAUUAAGGUCCUUGCGCUGCAGACAGCGUGAGUGCUACGGCAGCGCAUGUAACCUUGACGUCGGCGGAGAGAGAGCGGGAUGGCGAAAUACUUAGCGCAGAUCCUGGUAAUGGGGGCGCAGGUUGUGGGCCGGGCGUUUACGAGGGCUCUGCGCCAGGAGAUGGCCGCAAGCAGAGCCGCCGCCGAGGCGAGAGGUGGACGUGCCGGGAAAGAGUCGGCAGCGGCCAGCAGCUUGUCAGGACUAAGCCUGCAGGAGGCCCAGCAGAUCCUGAACAUCUCCAAACUGGACCCCGAAGAGAUUCAGACGAAAUACGACCAUCUUUUCAAAGUAAAUGACAAGGCAGCGGGAGGAUCCUUCUACCUACAGUCAAAAGUUGUUCGAGCCAAAGAGAGACUUGACCAGGAGUUACAGAUCGAGAACAAUGUGAAAGAUUCGGGAGAGGAGUCCAAGACUACGUGAUACAGGCCCUUCUAGAUGCCUCCUGCCAAUAGCCGUGCAUGGCUCCAGGGUUGAUGCUCCUCACGGUGACAGCGUAAACCUCUGUGACAUCAAAUAUGGGGGUCUCCACUUAGGCCAACAUAAGAAUUGGGUCGCCUUAAUGUUGUAAUUUAUUCUGUGAUAAUAAAGUUUUAUAUUUUUGUAGGGCACCUGGCCUAGUAUCUCACCUGUCACGUGCACACAGUGGAGGCAGCCAUUGUGUCAACUGAAAAAAAAAGUGUCUGGACGCUGCCAGAGGUUCUUACUGAACGGAUCGGCUGCCUGAACGCAGGUUCAGCACUUAUGGCUGCCUCCAGGGUGUCUCGCUGGUUAGUCGGUUAUUUGUACUGCUGCUCAGAUGUCAGGUUAUGGUGUUUAAACCUGGACACCAGACGUCAUGUUUUGGUCGCCCCCCAAGCUGCGCGGGUUGAUCAGUUGUGACACUUGUUCCUCCCAAUAAAGAAAUCCUUUAUCCACA